AUGGGCAUCCAUGCUGUUAGCGUCAUGCUAGAGGCUCUCAAUAGAGACGCCCAACAUGCUACUAUCGCCAAGUUCAUCCAAAAUGAACUUGACGCUGAACGCGAGAAAGUAGCCUUGCUUCACCAACAAGGUUCUCAACAAGCAGAGUUGUUGAGAGAACAAGGUGCUCAACAGUUUGAACUGUUGAGACAGCAGCAGGCUCUGCUGGUGGGUCGAUGCACUCCGUCGGCCCGAGACUUUGAAGAUUGA